UAAAAAAGGUCAUAAAAGAAGCUUCUAAAUUGAAUGGCUAAAUAAGCAUAACUGGUUAGCUUAUAGUCGUAAUAGAGAAGGAGCGUUUUGUAAAGUAUGUGUACUUUUUGGACCUAAGUUUGGUGGGAUUGGAGGACAAAGGCUUGGGGUCUUAAAAUAAAUUCCUAUGAUAAAAUACAAAGAUGUUUUACAUGAUUUUAAGAUACAUAUGGAAAGAGAAUAUCAUAAAACAGCAAUUGUGUGAUCUUUAGAAUUUAUAAAAUGUUUUGAAGGCAAACAAAAAACAAUAGAAAUUCAACUUGAUGACCAACUAAAUGAAACUGUCAAAUAAAAAGAAGUUAAUUCCUAUAAUUAAAACAAUUAUUUUCUGUGGUCGUCAUAAUAUAUCUAUAAAGAGGCAUAGAGACGAUGUUAAUUUAUCAAAUCUGAUUUCUAAUGACCAAGCAAAAAAUAAUUUUAAUAUUGGAAUAUUCAAAGAAUUGUUGAUGUUUAGAAUAGACGCGGGCGAUGUAGAUUUUCGCAAUUACUUAGAAUCGGCUCCAAAAAAAUGCAACAUUUGUUAGUAAAACUAUUCAAAAUAAUUUGAUCGAUAUAUGUGGCUUGAUUAUCACAGACAAAUUAAUAAAAGAGCAAAUACAAUCGUCCAAAAAUUAAAAGAAAUAGGUUUAAGUUUGGAAUUUUUACGAGGGCAGGGAUGUGAUGGUGGAACAAAUAUGUCUGGUAAAUACCACGGAGUUCAAGCUAGAAUCUUAAAUUUGCAACCAAAGGCAAUAUACACUCAUUGUGCAUCGCACCGCCUAAAUCUAACUUUAAUAAAAGUAGAGACAUGAUAUCGAAAGAAAAGUAUCGAUACUUUCACUUGGUAACGAAUGGAAUGAAAAUAACGAAACGUAACGACCGGUAUGAGUAUCGAAAAAAAAUAUUGAUCCUUUUACUUAGUCCUAUCAUCGUAACAAAUAUAAUUAAAAUAUUGAUAACAAUAAAAUAUGAAAACGACCUAUAUGAAUAA